UGAUCAUGAUCGUGAGGUUUGCAGUUGAUCGUCAUCUCUGUGUUGAGUUUUGCUCUCAUCUCAGGUGUUGUUGAUCAUGAUGAAGUUUCUGAUCUCGCUGUGUGUGCUGCUGAUUAAUGGGGAAAUCAAUGCACAAACAACAAGUGAAAUAAACAAUGCACAAACAACAAGUGAAAUAAUCAAUGCACAAACAGCAGAAAAUUCCAAUUCCAGCUUUGAUCCAUGCUAUUAUUAUAACAUUACUGAUGACUCCUGGAGAGACAUACGGAUAAGCCCAUAUCAGUACUACUAUCAACAUGAUGACACACUUGUUGAAUGGAGCGGCUGGUAUCGGCUGUAUCUGAAUGGACAAAGUGCUCAGAUGUCUGAGUGGUGUGUGAGUUAUAUGGGAUGUGGCGGUUACACUGGAUUGUUUCUCAACGGUUCUCAUCCAACACUUGAGGAUGGAGUGGUGACCCGUGACGUUUUGGGAACUCAUAAAUGGAAUAACCAAUGGGGGAGCUACAGAUCCACGUCCAUCCAAGUCAAAGCCUGUCCUGGAGAUUAUUACGUCUAUGAACUCGUCAAACCAGAUCUGUCGAUCCCCAGACCUUCAUACUGUGCAGUUGUUUUCCCAAACAUCAGCAGUGACCCCUGCUACAACUAUGCAUCUAUGGAUCGCCCCUGGAGAGCCAACAAUGAAACUGGAGAUUUCUUUUGUGAUCAUUUUUUCUCCUGGAGUGGCUGGUACAGGCUUUUCUACUAUGGAAUGAACAUCAGGAUGCCUGAGACCUGUAUUACUCAACUAAGCUGUAACACAUACAUGAAUUUGGUACUCAAUGGUCCUCACCCUCAGAUAGAAGAUGGAGUGGUGACCAGAGAGGUCUGUGGUACUUUUUACUUUAGCGGCUGCUGUGAGCAAAAGACAAACCCCAUCAGAGUGAAAGCGUGUCCAGGAAAUUACUUUGUCUAUGAACUUAUAAAACCAGAUGACCGGUGUUCAGGAUACUGCACAGAUGUCAGCACUAUUUCACAGGUGACUUUGACUGUAAGUCCACAGACAAUCACUGGAUCUAGCAUCACAAUAAAUUAUGAGCCGUGCAGUAACUACAACACACUAGACAAUGACUGGAGAAGCCCAGCCAAUACCUAUUUUAUGUAUGGCUAUGUAAAUGGACACGAUGACACUCUAGUUGAAUGGGAUGGCUGGUACAGACUCUUCAUUAAUGAAUCGAGUGCUCAGAUGCCUGAAUGGUGUGCGUCUUUUAUGACAUGUGGAGGAUUGAGUUCUCUGUGGCUUCAUGGAUCUCAUCCUCAGCUACAAGAUGGAGUUGUUACACGUGACAUUUACGGCUCCCAUAAUGAGCACUGCAAUCACUAUAGAUCUGACCCAAUCCAAGUCAAAGCUUGUCCUGGAGAUUAUUAUGUUUACAAGUUUACCAGGCCAACAGUUUCAAUCCCAGCUCCUGUAUAUUGUGCAGUGUCUUUCACCACCCCAAGUGUCGACCCCUGCUACGACUACACCAGCCUGGAUGAACCUUGGAGAUCCACUGAUAACUCUUACUAUAUUAGCUAUUACUACUAUAUCAUGUGUGACUAUAAUGUGGAAUGGAAUGGCUGGUACAGGCUGUUCUACAACAAUCAGAGUGCUCAGAUGCCAGAAUCAUGUGUGAAUCAGUACACGUGUAGCAGUUCUAACCCAAUGUGGCUCAACGGAUCCCACCCUCAGCUGGAAGAUGGAGUGGUCCUCCGUCAUGUUUGUAUUUCAGAUUGGAGAGGCUGCUGUGGUUACACCUCCCUGGCUAUAAGAGUCAAAGCCUGUCCUGGAGAUUACUAUGUGUAUGAGUUUGUUAAGCCAAUGAUUUGCGCAGCUUACUGUGUAGAGGUAACAAAUCAGUCCAGAACAACAGAGUCCAUCCCACUCAUUGAAUCCAUUUCUCCACCAACCACAACCACUGCUCCCCCUGUUGAUCCCUGCUACAACCACAAUGUCCUGGAUGACCCAUGGAGAGCCACCAGCAAUCAGAAUUCCUCUGAAGUAUUGUGUGACAGUGCGGUGAGCUGGAGCGGCUGGUACCGUCUCUUCAUUAAUGGUCAGAGUGUUCAGAUGCCAGACACAUGUGUUGAUGAGUAUAGCUGCGGCACUCAUGCUCCACUGUGGCUGAGCGGAGGACAUCCAACACUUGAGGAUGGAGUGGUCUCUCGUAAUGUCUGCGCUCACUGGAGCAACAACUGCUGCUAUUUCCAGUCCAAUCCCAUUCAAGUCAAAGCCUGUCCUGGAGGUUUUUAUGUCUAUGAGUUUGUGAGGCCGACCACCUGCAAUUUAGCAUACUGUGCAGAUGUGAGGUUUAACACUAGCUACACAACUGACAUACCAGAGAUGACCACAACAGAAACUACAACUGAAACCACAACUACAACUGAUGACAGAAAGCCCUGUUCUGAACUCAACUGCUCCAAAGAGGAAAGGUGUGGGAUGAAAAAUGGUGUUUAUGGCUGUUUAUGUAACAAAGGCCACCAAAAACAGCGAGCACCUCAAGACUCCUUUGAUUUCAAUGAGACCUGUGAGAGCAGCUCUGGCUCCAUGUCUGUGUCUCGCUGUCAGCUUUUUGAAGCUGGUUUUUCAGCUGAGCACUUACACCUCAAUGACCCCAGCUGCAGAGGAACCGUCCAGAACGGCAGAGUGGAGUUUAACUUCGACAACGAUCAACACAUCUGUGGCACAAAUCUUGUGGCCAAUGGCAGCCACUUCAUCUACAGUAACUAUAUUGCGGGGACGCCGGGAACAGAAGGUCUCAUCAGCAGAGUGAGAAUCCUGAAGCUUUCUUUCAGCUGUGUUUAUCCUCAAACACAAACACUUUCCAUGAACAUGGAGAUCAACCCACUGCAGAGUACUGUGCACAAGGUCCUCCCCAGUGGUGAAGGGGUUUAUCAGGUGCGGAUGGUCCCGUAUGUGGAUGAAGAGUUCACUCAGCCCUUCACUGGUAGAGUGGAUGCAGAGCUGGACCAGGAGAUGCAUGUGGAGGUUGGUGUUGAGGGGGUCGACAGCCGGCAGUUUGCCCUGGUGAUGGACACGUGUUGGGCUACACCUGUGAAUGACCCUGAUUACAGUCUCCGCUGGGACCUCAUCAUUGAAGGGUGUCCCAAUCCUGAGGACGACACAGUGAAGCUGCUGCAGAACGGCGUCUCCAAAAGCAGCCGUUUCUCCUUCAGGAUGUUCAUCUUCACUGCAAACUCCACUAAGCUUUACCUGCACUGUGCUGUUCACCUUUGCCUUCUGUCCAGCGAACAAUGCUCAACCUCUUGCUCUGAGCAGAGGAGAGAGCGCAGGGCUCUGGAUCUCCAUGACGGUACUUCACUAUCUCUGGGUCCUCUAGUGUGGUCUGAACGGAGCUCGGACAUGCAGAGAGCAGAAGAAGUACAAGUGUCCAGAGCAUCAGGCCUGUGUGGCUCCUUGGUCAUUUUGCUGAUUUCACUUGUGAAUCUUCUUGCUGAUUUAAACAUGCAGAAUUAUUUGAACUAAUUAUUUACUGUACGUCUCUUUCAUAUCUGAUAUUUUAGUUUAUUUUUUGAUUUGUGGCGGACUUUAUAUCUAAUGAUAAUGUCUAUCAUAAAUAAUUUUUUUCCUGUGACUGUACCAUUUAAUAUUAUACUAAAUUAUAAAAUGUGCUUUAUUUGAAUAUGAUUAUAUGCAUCAUUUUUAAUUAAAAGCAUGGUAUAAAGUCAAAUCCGAGCAGUAGUGCAUACAGUAACAUCACGGGACACUGUUUAACCUGUGUGCAUUAGCCUAUUGCACAUUUUUUUGAAUGUCCUCUUUUCCACCACAGAAUAAAGGUAAUGUAG